AUGCAUACAAAUAAGAGACCACACAAAUGUACUCAUGAAGGUUGCGACAAAUCUUUUAAUAGUCCUUCUCAUUUGAAACGUCAUUUACGGACACAUAGUGUUGCAACACGGACUAUCCAGUGCCAAGAAAUUAACCACUUACAGAUUACAUCGGACAAAGAAUGCGAAUUAGAAUCCAAUGAUGCCAUCAAGAGACCGGAGGAAAAUAAAAAUGGGAAUCAGUAUAAAUGUGAAGUUGAAGGCUGUAACGCAGUUUUUCCAAGACCCCAUCGUCUGGAAAGUCAUAUGAAUAUGCACACAAAUAAGAGACCACACAAAUGUACUCAUGAAGGUUGCGACAAAUCUUACACGAAUUCUUCUCAUUUGAAACGUCAUUUGCAGACACAUAGUGUUGCAGCACAGACUUUCCAGUGUAACAUUUGUUUGUCGAAUAUAAGCACCCUAACUAACUUGAAACGCCACUACCAUAGAGCUCACCAUGAAGACAAGCUACAUUGUAAAGAAUGUAACUUGAAAUUCAGGAAAAAAAGUCGUUACCAGGAACAUAUGGCAUCUCACGACAAUACAACUGUUUACAAAUGUGAUAAAUGUGAAAAAAAAUUUUUAACCCAUAUGAAACUAGUCAAACAUCAAGAAUAUCAUGUGAACAGAAAUCACACGUGCCAAGUUGAAGGUUGUUCAGAAGUAUUUGAAAAGUGGGCUCUGCUGCAGAAACACAUCAAGAUCGAGCAUUCAGGCAUUGAAUAUCACUGCACAGAAUGCAAAAAACUAUUUUCAAACAAGAGAAGUUACAAGACUCAUAUGAAAAUUCAUUCAGAGAACAGACCAGUACUCCCAUGUCCCUAUGAAAAUUGCAACCGGCUAUACUACUUCAAAAACAAUCUGCAUUAUCACAUAAAAGUACACCACACUGGUAACAAAUUUAAUUGCGACAUGUGUGGUAAAAAAUUAGCUUCAAAACAAAAGAUUAAAGAACACAUAAUAAAGAUGCAUUUGUCAAUAAAGAAAGUAUUGAAGAGGAAGGCACAGCAGCCCAGGAAAGACACUUACAUCGCCAAAAAAUCUAUUUUAUCGACAUUGACUGGAAUUCAACUGAACGUCAAUGUUGAAAAACAAUUGAUGAAAAGGAAUCCUGCUGCUCUGUUGAGAGACAAAGCAGUCGAAGAUCUAAAUUCCUGCUCCGAGGAUGACAGAGCUUCAGAUAUCAGCGUCAAAGCCGCUUGAA